CGCCGCAGGCAGGUUCCGGGCCGGGGAGCGGGGCAGCGACGGGCAGCGGCGGCUUGGAAACGGCGGGGACCCGUCUGCUCCUCCUGAGGGGAGCACAGUCCACGGUGGGGUGAGCUACCUGCUCGUACGGCAAGUGCACGGCACGCCGCGGGACUGCUCUGUGAAGAUUUGUAGCUGAUUGUUCACAUGUGUCCAGGGGGAGAUGAAGUACACUGGAUCCUGCAUAGUUUGGCUUUGUAUGGCAGUCUUCCUCCUCCUCCCUGUUUCUACUUGUGUGGCUGUCAGUGACCAGACAGGUGCUGUGUGUCCUUUAAUAAAAACAGUUGCUCAUCAUCUCAAAAAAAUCAACAGAGACAGUCUUGGUGUGUCAGGGUUUGAUCUGGCAGAAAGCUUUUCUUUGAGACAGACGUCUUGUGGAGGGGAAAAAAUCUGCUUUAAACUGGGAAGUGCUCCUCUCAUCAGAGACACAAAGCAAGUAUUUCCAAAUGGGCUUCCUGAAGAAUACUCUCUAGUUGCUACGUUCCGUCUACGGCGAAAUACCAAGAAAGAGCGUUGGUAUAUAUGGCAAAUUUUAAAUCAGCAUGACACUCCUGAGAUCUCUGUCCUUCUGGAUGGUUCAAAAAAGGUCGUGGAAUAUAUGACCAAAUCCGCUCAGGGAAAUAUACUGCACUACACUUUUAAGAGUCGAGAAAUUUAUCCAUUGUUCGAUCGGCAGUGGCAUAAACUUGGUAUUAGCGUGCAGUUGGGGAUCAUUUCCCUCUAUUUGGAUUGUAAUUUAAUUGAGAGAAAGCAGACUGAUGAACAAUUCACCAUUGACUUGCAGGGAAGGACUCUGAUUGCUUCUCGUGCUGCAGAUGAUAAGCCUGUAGAUAUUGAACUUCACCGCAUAACAGUUUAUUGUAAUCCAAACAUUGUAACAGAAGAUACGUGUUGUGAAAUAUCUGCCGAGCUGUGCCCACAUGAGGACAGAUUACUUGCUACUACUUCAUCACCAGUGACUGUUCAUGCCAGCAAAAUAUACACACUUCCAGGAACACAGCAAGAAUCUAGAGACAGAUGCCACUGCUUUCCAAAUAAAGGAGAAGCAGGAUUACCAGGAGUAGCUGGUUUGCCAGGCCAGAAAGGAAGUAAAGGUGAAAAGGGUGAGAUGGGUGCAAAAGGACAGGAUGGUGUUGCUGGUCUUCCUGGCGAAAAGGGGGAACCUGGCUUAGUGGGUGUUCCUGGCAUACCUGGUCUUACUGGUUCCAAGGGUGAACGUGGCUUUGUGGGUAGUAAAGGUGAAGAGGGUGAAAAGGGUGAAAAAGGAGAUAAAGGAGAACCAGGACCAGAAGGCAUUCAUGGAAGAGAGGGACUCAAAGGUGACCCUGGUAGUCCUGGCUUGGCUGGUCCCAAAGGAGAAAAGGGAGAUGUGGGACCACCAGGACCAAUGGCCGUAAGUGGUUUGCCAGGGCUGGAGGGUCCCCAGGGUCCACCUGGCAAAGAAGGUCAAAGGGGAAGACGAGGCAAGCCAGGCCUCCCUGGAAAACCAGGACCACCGGGACCUCCUGGUCCUUCUGGACUAAAAGGAAUUCUGGAUUCAUUGAACAAGCAUUAUAAUGAGAGUGAUACGAGACUACUAGGAUUACUUGGGACCCCUGGACCUAAAGGCCAGAAAGGAGAAAUUGGUCAAAAAGGAGAAGCAGGAAUGAUUGGAGCAAAGGGAGAAAAGGGAGAGCCUUCUGAAAAAGGGGACAAGGGAGAUCCAGGGGAAACUGGAAAGGAGGGAUCAAAAGGAGAUAAGGGUGAAACGGGAGACCCUGGACCACCUGGUCUCACUGGAAAUCCAGGAUCAAUGGGACUGCAAGGACCUCCAGGACCUGUUGGGCCCAGGGGACUGCCAGGAGAAGUCGGCUUACCAGGAGAACAUGGGAUACCAGGAAAUCCAGGAGUUAAAGGAGAAAAGGGGGACCCUGGUGGGAUUAUGGGACCGCCUGGACAUCCAGGUCCAAAAGGUGAGGUGGGGCCUCCUGGACUAAGUCUGCCUGGAACACCAGGUCCUAUUGGUAGUCCUGGAAACCCAGGUCCACGGGGACCAAAGGGAGAAAGAGGACUACCUGGUGUACAAGGAGCCCCUGGGGAGAUGGGGCCUCCUGGAAUAGGCAUUCAGGGAUCACCAGGUCCUAUAGGGCCAACGGGAUCAGCAGGUGUUCAGGGCCCUAGGGGGCCUCCAGGAUUACCAGGAACUCCAGGUACCCCGGGUAUUAAUGGCACCCCAGGAAGAGAUGGAAAGCCAGGACUACCAGGCCCUCCAGGCGAUCCUAUUGCACUGCCACUAGUGGGAGACAUGGGUGCUAUACUGAAGGGUGAUCCUGGCACAAGAGGUCCUCCAGGCAUCCCUGGCAGAGAGGGGCCAAAGGGAAGCAAAGGUGAACGUGGAUUUCCUGGGCUUGCUGGAGAGAAGGGCGAUGAGGGCCUUCAAGGUGUUCCUGGACUGCCUGGUGUACCAGGACCCAGUGGACCAUCUGGAGCCAUAGGAAGACCUGGGCAUCCUGGUCCUGCUGGGUCAAAAGGCGAAAAGGGUAGUGAAGGUUCUCCUGGGAAGCCUGGACCACCUGGACCUCCGGGUAUGCCUUACAAUGAAAGAAAUGGAAUGAGCAGCUUAUAUAAACUCCAGGGAGGUGUGAGUGUCGCAAGUUAUCCAGGUCCACCAGGACCUCCAGGUCCAAAAGGAGAUCCCGGCACAGUGGGAGACCCAGGACCAAUGGGAUUACCAGGACUGGAAGGACUCCCAGGGGAAAAGGGUGACCGUGGACCAGCUGGCACACCAGGAGUAGCAGGGACACCGGGGAAGCCAGGAUCUCCAGGGUCCCCAGGGAUGCCAGGAGAACCUGGUGAAAGAGGACCUAUAGGAGAUAUAGGCUUCCCUGGGCCAGAAGGGCCACAAGGAAAACCGGGAAUCAAUGGAAAAGAUGGAUUGCCAGGUCCUCCGGGUGCUGUGGGGAGACCAGGAGACCGAGGGCCCAAAGGAGAACGUGGAGAUCAGGGUAUUCCAGGAGACAAAGGUCCACAAGGUGAAAGAGGGAAACCUGGCCCAUCAGGAGAAAAGGGGGCCAUGGGUCCUACUGGGCCACCAGGAGACAGAGGCCAUCCAGGAUCACCAGGUCAUCAAGGUCCCCCAGGUUCACCAGGCCCCCCGGGUUUACUGGCUGAUACAGUUUCACUUGAAGAAAUAAAAAAAUAUAUCAAACAAGAAGUUCUUAAAAUUUUUGAAGAAAGGAUGGCUCAGUUUGUAUCCCAGUUGAAGCUGCCUGCUGCAAUGCUUGCCUCCCAAGCUCAUGGAAAACCAGGACCCCCAGGAAAAGAUGGAUUGCCAGGGCCCCCAGGAAAGGAUGGUUUACCAGGGCCACCCGGAGAACGUGGGCUUCAAGGUUAUAGAGGACAGAAAGGGGAAAGAGGUGAGCCUGGAAUUGGACUGCCUGGUAAUCCUGGACCACCUGGCCCUGCAGCUGCUGGCUUGCCGGGCUCACCAGGAACUCCAGGGUCACCCGGACCUCAGGGGCCACCUGGACCUAAUGGAAGAUGCAAUCCAGCAGAUUGCUAUUACCACGUAGCACAGACUCGGUCACGCGCCAGUGGGAAAUAAAAACCCUCUCCCAUAGACACUUGGGUUCACAAUCACUUUUCACUCCUCUCAAUAAGUUAAUUUAAUCUUUGAAAUACUUGGUGCAUUUUUUGUUCCCUUGACACUGCAUGGUCUGUAGAUAAUUUGUAAGGCACGGAAUUGAGCCUUUUCCUAUUCUAUUUGCAGUGUCAUAAUUGUGAAAUGAUGACAUUUAUUUUCCAGAGUGCAUUCCAUGUGUUAUGUUUCUCAUAUUUAUUUUGCUUAGAGGAGAAAAUAGGCCCAAAUAAUUUUCGUAAGCUUCUUUCUUCAAACAAAAAUAUUUUAUUAUAACUUAAGGCAGUACGUAUGCCUCAGUAUGUAAGCUGGCUUGAUGUUUCUUACUGGUGGUGAAGUUUAAACGAAGAAAAUGCUGUUCUGAAGUUUUAAAGUGUACCCAUUGGUGGUGAAUGUAGGAUCUUAGCUGGAGUGCUGGGAACUCUGUUCAGACUAAAUGUUACCAUCCCCUGAGGAGGCUCCGGCACACCUCCUGAACCAGGUCUGCAUCAUGCACCACGGGCGCUACCAACCAUUUCCAUAAUUUCCUAGAUGUCAAAGAAGGAAACAGGUAUUUUUAUGAUCUCUCUACUCCCAUCCAAUUCAGAUUCAGACUGACUGGGAAUUCACCAGGUGUAGCACUAACGGGGUGUUUCUGUUGACUGAAUGCUGUUCCAACUGAGAACUUGAACGUUGGUUUAGUCAUGGUUGCAUAUACGCUCCAGGUGUGAGUGGUGGGGACUCAUGGUGUUGUUCUUCACUGAGAACUGGGACACCUUCUAAUGGUCAUGUGGACUCAGUAAGUGUAUUAUCAUUGCUUGUAAUCAAGCUAACCAGCCAUUAUGUCUGCUUACAAAAAAAGACAUCUUGCUUUAGCAAGAGCACACGUGUUAGCAGUGAGAUCUGAAGAAGAAACCUUCAGAAGUCCCUGAUCUUACAAAUGGCACAUUUUCCUAUUUCUCCUGCAAUAAUUACGUCCUGAAAUAAGCUUCAGAAGAACUUGAAACCAGUAGAAUGCAAAAUUCACAGGUCCUUAUAACUGGCUGCAAAAAAUAGUUGGAGUUCAGGAGAAAUUUGGAAAAAUUGGGAAACUGUCCUUGGGAAGGUGUCAUACCCAGAUCUUGACUGCAUGCAGGUUGCAAGCAUUGAGUAAAUCCUACAGAACCAGGCAUUGUCAGUAAAGAACAAAAGAGAACAACACGCGAAUCCUACAGAGCUCAAAGGAGUGACCAAAAGAAAAGGUGGAGAAAACCAAUUGUACAGAGGCUGACUCUGAAAAGGAGGUAGAAGAGUUGGCCAAAAUUUCACUCCUUACAAUUGGGAAACGGACAAUCAUAGAUUAGUCCUAAGGAAUUGGCUACAGUGUAAUAGAAAUUGAAAGUGCUAUUAAGAGAAUCCUGUUGUUAGGAAGGUGGUAAUGCUCUUCCACUUUAGGCAGGCGAGUGGUCUUGGUGGCCUCCGUGCUUCAGCGGUGCCGAAGGAGCCAGCCGCUCGGUCAUGCGGCAGGGAAGCGCUCCCAGAUUGGGAGUGUUGGAUUCCAGGGAAGCUCUCAUGCAAAAUUAAUGUCUGACUUCUGAUUUUGACAUAAAAACAGUAAUAACGGUGGGAGACUAAAAUAAUAAAUCGGCAUUUGUUCUGGAUAGAGUUCCUAGCACUUGCUUCCAGACCAAGAGGAGAAAGAUUUGUACCUCGUACAGUCACGUUAGGUAGCCGGGGAACAGGAUGAGCCUUCAGGCACACUUGCUGAGAAGAAAAUCAUACCCUGAGAGCGACCUCCAAGUGUCACUUGGUGUAUUAAUCACACAUUUUGAGGGAGGAAGGUGCUUAGCAGGAGGGAGAUGUUUAAACGAACACAGGGACGGAAGGCUGGUGUCUUAGCGCCUGGGACAGGAGAAGUGAGCUGGAAGGAGGAUGCCAGAAAACCGAUGGCGUGUCACGAGCCCGAUCUCCAACGGAAAUCUGCGAGCUGUGACACGUUGCACCUGGGGGUGUGCUGCAGGGGCUCAGGGUGUUAUGUGCGUGUCUUGUGAGUACUGAGACUUGGGUCAAAGCCAAUGGACAGCUCGCAGCUCUCGGCCUCCUGUCCUGCCCACCCCUCGCAGUGGCACAGCAGGCAGCAGCGGCCCUCUGUCCCUGCAGGCCCCACCGGGGCACCCUCGCUGCACCGUGAUGAAGGCACAUUUCGGACAAAUCCUCCCGCCAGUGUGGAGCUCCACAUCUUCUGCUCCUGCUUCAGACCUCCCGUGCCUAUAAACACUCCUCGGUUUUCCCUCUGACAUCACCUGCCUCUCCAGCUCUGGUCUCCCCCUCUCUGCAAGCUGGCCCGGUGGUGCAAGAGGGAGCACUCCCGAGGGCUGCCAUGGUGCCUCGCCAAAUGUCCGCCCUGCUGGUGUUGGGGGCGGGCGGCUCACCCCGCAAAGACCCGGGCCUUGCAUGCCGUGUUCAAUUCUUUCAAAUGAACUGCUGGCCAGGCAGCCCGCAGGAACGUUUCGUUUUCCGUCUCUAGUAAUUCCAAUGUAUGUAAAAUGGAAAUAUUUUUUUACUUUGUAAGUUAAUUUUAAACUUCAUUUUCUGUGAUAAUAUCAAAAAGGGUGCUGUCUUUUAGGGAAUAUCACAAGGUUGAAAGGGUUCUGAGCAGCCCCCUUCUGGAACGCUGUACAUAGACUGUCAUGCUGUCUUAGGGUUAUAUCUGUAUAUUUUGGGGCUUUUAGCUAGCUGAAACCGAGCAUUUAUUAGUUGCCAAAUGCAAUUUCUGUAUUUUAAUUUACUUGAACUGAGCAGAAAGUAGAACACUUUUUAUAUUUGAAGAAAUUUAUUUUUUCAUCUUUGUUUCCUACAGAUGCCUUUUUCUUUUCUCGGAGCUCAAAUCUAAAGGUGUUUUAAAAUGUAGUUGAACAUUUGAACUUUGAAUUUAUCUGCAGGUAAUUACUUUGGUAAUUACCCUUGAUGCAUUAUUGUUUGUUUUGCUAAAAGCCCAAUUUAAUUUUCUCACAUGAGAAAACAGGUAUUUUGUUACAUGGGCUCUCUUGAUACCUUUUUUAAAGAUGUCAUGUUCUUCACAGAGUUAAUCCCAGCUUGACUUCCCUUCACAUGGGGUUGCUCCUACUCCGCAUUUUUACAGUUGAAAGCAGGAUGCAGCUGGAAAUGUGCGUCUGCCUGGUUUUCAGGUUUCCCCCUGAAAUUUGUUUGCAGUUUCAGACUGAUGCUGUCUGGGGUUUUGGGAAGGGGAGCCAGGGAGGUCAAUGGGGUGUUCAUCUGUUUUGGGAUUUGUUAUAUCAUAGCAUUGUAGAAUGGCUUGGGUUGGAAGGGACCUCACAGAUCCGCUAGUUCCAGUCCACUCCCACCAGACCAGGUUGCCCAAAGCCCCAUCCCACCUGGCCUUGAGCUCUUCCGGGGCUGGGGCAUCCACAACAUCGAUUUCAUCUUUGUUUAGAGCGGUCUGUGUUGCAGUAAACAUUGCAAGAAACUAGACGGGGAGGAUUGUUAUUUCCAGCAGCACAAGAUAUUUCUCUGAUUUGGGAAUGUUUAUUUGGAAGUUUGAGCUGAAUUAUCUUUGACAAAAUGUUUGAAACCUUUCUUAAAAGCUCUGCAAGCUUUGUUCUUGUUCAGGGUCGGACACUUUUACUUGAUGGCAAGUCUCUUUAUUGCCUGCUAAGAAAGUGUUGGGCUUUUUUUUUUUUUUUUUUUUUUUUUUUUUUUUUUUCUAAUAGCUAUGUACAGAACGACUCGGCUUGCCCGAAGAACACAAUGAACUUAGGGUGAGACUUUUCCGAGGCUGCAGCUUAGCUCCUGUUGUCCACACGGGGGAGCGCAGAAACCUUCCCAGCGCAGUGAGAAAGCAAGGGCUGAACUCAACAGCGCAAGGAAGGGCACGGUGCUGUGUAGCUGCACGGCACCGGAGUUCAUGUUGUGUUCUUGAGCCUGGUAUUUUUUUUUCCUAAAAUUCAUUUAUUUUUUACACGGUAGUAUAUGCGGAAAUACUGCCUUUCUUGGGUAAUUAUUUUCAGGUAAUUUUGCUUAGAUUGUUUGUGUUAUGUAUCCAGACACGCUAUAGAAGAACGUGCAGAAGCAGAACAUGCAGCCCCUGGGCAUCGCUUAUGUCCCCCGCAAUGGCAGGUGUCUCCAGGGGAGCAGCGGGACUGCAGAGGCUGGUAAAAACUAAAGCAGCACAAUCGCAGUUGUACAAUCAAGUAGCAGUGCAGCCUACUUAGUUAUGUUCUAAGAUCCAAUAUUUUUGUCUUAACCUGGAUUUGGUUUCAAUGCUAAAAGAGCACUGUGAUAAGGAAAUGGGAUUGAGUGCAUCGUCACUCCUCCCUUUGGUUUCUGAUUGUGGAUUAUGAGAGGUGUUAGAUAUGCACAGCUUUGUUAAAUAUGCAUAUUUUUUAAAUUAAUGAAUAAUCACACAAAAUAUUUUAGCACUUAUUUUUCACAAUGGUGAAAUACUAUUUUUCAUGUCAGUGUACACUUUUUUUUUUUUUAACUUUUCUGUGAUGUUUACAUGAAAGUCUUACACCCCCCACCCCCCACCCCCGGCUACAUUAGCAUUUUAUACACUUGUUUCUCCAGAUACACUAGCCUAAAGCCAGCCACGAGUUCUUUUCUUAAUUUACCAGUUUGGUAGAAGUGCUGCUCUAACUUAGCAUGUUAAAACAUGAGAAGUAUCUCAGGAAACAAAACAAUGUUGUUGUUUUUUUUGCAUUUGCCUUUUUUUUUUUUUUUUUGGCUUGUGUUUGUUAGAUUCGAGCUUUACUAAAUCAUGUAAAGUUUCUCUGAAAUCUGUUAUGACCACUACAACUAGAUGAUGCUGGAUGGAUUUCUAAAUCCAUUCAUAGAGGUUGGUGUAGACCAUGGAGAACGAGUUUAACUGUGACCUUGCCUUGGUUGUUGUUGAAGUUGGCAAAGCCAACUCAAACCUAUUUAGGAAAAUACCAUUUUCAAAUAUUAAUUGCUAACAAACAUUACAGAUUCUAGACCAAAAUAAGUCGUAGCUAAAAAGAAUGUAGUCUACAUGUAUUUUAUUAGCAGUUUUAUCUCCAAGUCUGCUGUUCUUAAAUGCAUUUAAUUAUUUACUGACAUUUCAAUGUAAAUACAUUGUCUCUAGUUGAUAUAUUUGAAGGAUGUUCAAUGACAUACCUUAUUUUAUUGUUUUCUUUCAUUUCUGAAUGAAAUGCAGUUGUCACUGAAUUAAUCACAGUACAUGCAUACUGGUUGCUUCUUUCCUUCAUUAUAUUUUUGGUUUGCAACAUUUAAGGUUCAAUUCAAUGGAUAUGUAUUAAGUGGAUAGAAAAUGUGCUCUUUGCACUACUCACGUGGCCAUUUACAUCUGUGAAAUAGGCUUCCAGAUGAAAAUGGGAACAUUUCGCAUACUUUCUGUACAUGAAAAUGAAUAGUGGUUCUGUCAGAAGUGACAACCUUUCCUUUCUUACAUUUCAAAUCAUGAGGGAGGAUGCAAGAGGAUGCGAAGGAAGGCAGCCACCACGGCGAGCCCGGUGGGGCACAGGGCUGCUGAGCACACCGUGGGCAGGCUCAUGCUUUACAAUGGGUUGGUGAAACUUAGGGUUGCACAGGCUGGAGGGAAAAAAAGUGGAAAACCUUGGCCUCUAUAGAUAAAUAAAUCUGAUGGAAGUUAAUAUAAUCUGUGAAUUGGAUGCUGAGAAUGGUCCAGUCUAAAACUGAGGCAUUUGCUCUCAUUCAGAAAGCGGUUAACUUCAGGUGAGGUAAGGUGUUUUCAUUCUUCUCUUACUAGCUCUUCAGGAGAAAGAAGAGAACUCCCAGGUCAGUGGCGUUAUGAAGGAUGAUGGGUGAUAAUUUGACCACUGGCGUGAUUUUUUUUUCUUCAAAUUUAGUACUGGCUUCAUCAGGAUUGCUACAUGUGUUUUUUGCAGCUGCCACAGUUUGAGUAGUCCUUUUGAAAAGAGUGAGGGGAGGGGAAUAAAACUGAGGUUAUAACAAAUGAGACGGGAGUAACACACCCUACAAAAUAAAGGCCCUUUCUUCUUUACCUGUGAUCCAGGUGCAGAGAAGGUGCAGUGACUGCAUUUUAAGUACAAAGGAGGCAGAAACUGCGUGGCCAAAUAAUAAUACUGGGAACAGUGGCAUCCAUCCAUCAUCUUCCUAGUGCAUCCGAUGAGUAGGUCAAGCAAAUACAUCUCACACAGUUAAUUCAGUAAUUUAAAAACAUUUGCAAAAGCAUGUGUUUGUAUGUGGAGUGUCGCUGCCGUGAUCUGCUAGGAGAAACCAACAGGACUCAGUUUCUCCUUCACUCUGUCUUCCAGGUAACCCUCAAAGUAGCAUCUGCUGACGCUCCCUUUUUGAAGGAAGAGCAAAUUUGGAGAUAAGGAUUUGGCUCUGUGUAGACUCAGGUCACACAAGGGUAUUCAUGGAAGCAAAUCUGGUGUAACCUCCCCAGUCUUGCUUCCUUCCUUCCUUCAGGUGUCCCAAAUUGUGCUCUAGAGCCGUCACUCAUCCUUAGCUGGGCCUUGUAAAAUAGUCACAAAAGUUUUUUGGCACCGGUUCGUACCAGGUUGCUUGAGUCCAGUGAUGGCUGUGACAGAAAACUUAAAGUAUAUAUACAUAAAUAAACAUAUACAUUAUAUUAACAGUAUAAAUAUGCCAUAUAUAUGUUAUAUAUAUAUUUGUGUUUAAAAAUAUAGUGCAGUAUUUGGCAGAAGUAUUGCUAAUAUUUACUAAUAACCUAAUAGGGAAAGCACAUAUCAGUCAAAACUUUGAGGUAUGAGGUCGGAUGGUGAAGAACUGGUUAUCAGUUUGCAGACAGUUGUUGAAUGUUUUUCUCUGGGCUCCUGCCUACACUUGGGUCACGUAACUGGGCAGCUAAGCCAUGUACGAUCACAGUGCUGUUACACCCUGAGGGUGACGAGUGGCGGCAGAGAUCCCCAGUGGUGGAAGGGAUUUCCAGGAGGUUGUCAUUUGGAAAUCUCAUUGCAUUUCGUGAUGUUGAACCAGAAAGGCAGGAGAAAAAUCCUUAUUCAGGAGCUCACCCAGAGUCCAGGAGCAGCUCUUAGAAUUGGCAACGCUGUCAGUGGCCUGGGAAACCUCCCACACUCUUUGCUUUGUGCCAUCUACCUGUUUUUAUUUAAACUAAACUAGCGCUAUUUUUUUUCUAUAUUACCAUAGUUAAUAUGCCUUAAACUUCAUAAUUAUGCUUUUAUUUUUCCAAAUCUUUAUUUACUUGAACUUGCUGUUGCUAACAUUCAAUUCCUGAUUUUUUUUUUUUUUGAUAUAUGCUCUACCAUUAUUUAGAUAAAAUCUGUCCCAAUCUCAAGCUGUCCACUUACAUAGCAUCUGCAUUGAAUUGACCCUCAGUGUUGAAUUUGUUUGAUUGUAAUAAUUCUGAUUUGUUUUUUACAUAUCAAUGUUUUCUCUCCAUUGUGGAAUUUUAUGCAUUUUCAGACUAUAUUUUUUAAAGAACUUCACAUUUAUAUUUAAAUGUUGGGGUUUUUCUUCUUUUGAUUAUGUUUAUGCAUUAUGUAUGGAAAAUAAUAUUUUCAUUCUGUAUGACUUAUCAGUUCAAUUCUUUCAUUA